GCGGUGAGACUCGUCGUCCCUCGCAGAUGUCCAUGCAGGAUGGUUACGGUUAUAUCUUGGAUGACAACUACUACCGCACUUGCCGGACCACUGCCACGACCGUCAAGACCACCAUUGUCGCUCCCCGCACCACCACGGCAAAGCCCAACACCACUCACAAGUCGGAGCCCAGCUCGACUGAUAAGUCGGAGCCUACCUCGACUGAUAAGUUGGAGCCCACCUCGGCUGAUAAGUCGGAGCCCACCUCGACUGAUAAGUCGGAGCCCAGCUCGACUGAUAAGUCGGAGCCUACCACUUACAAGCCCAACACCACUCACAAGUCGGAGCCCAGCUCGACUGAUAAGUCGGAGCCUACCUCGACUGAUAAGUUGGAGCCCACCUCGGCUGAUAAGUCGGAGCCCACCUCGACUGAUAAGUCGAAGCCCAGCUCGACUGAUAAGUCAGGAGCCCAGCUCGACUGAUAAGUCGGAGCCCAGCUCGACUGAUAAGGCGGAGCCCAGCUCGAUUGAUAAGUCGGAGCCCAGCUCGACUGAUAAGUCGGAGCCCAGCUCGACUGAUAAGUCGGAGCCUACCACUUACAAGCCCAACACCACUCACAAGUCGGAGCCCAGCUCGACUCACAAGUCGGAGCCCACCUCGACUGAUAAGUCGGAGCCCGCCUCGACUGAUAAGUCGGAGCCCAGCUCGACUGAUAAGUCGGAGCCUACCACUUACAAGCCCAACACCACUCACAAGUCGGAGCCCAGCUCGACUCACAAGUCGGAGCCCAGCUCGACUCACAAGUCGGAGCCCAGCUCGACUGAUAAGUCGGAGCCCACCUCGACUGAUAAGUCGGAGCCCACCUCGACUGAUAAGUCGAAGCCCACCUCGACUGAUAAGUCGGAGCCUACCACUUACAAGCCUAACAUCACUCACAAGCCUCCUACCACUCACAAACCUAACACCACUCACAAGCCUAACAUCACUCACAGGCCUAACACCACUCACAAGCCUAACAUCACUCACAAGCCUAACACCACUCACAAGCCUAACAUCACUCACAAGCCUAACAUCACUCACAAGCCUAACACCACUCACAAGCCCAACACCACUCACAAGCCCAACACCACUCGCAAGCCUAACACCACUCACAAGCCGGAGCCUCCUACCACUUACAAGCCUCCUACCACUCACAAGCCUAACACCACUCAUAAGUCGGAGCCCACCUCGACUGAUACGUCGGAGCCUACCUCCACUCACAACUGGAAGCCUACCACUCACAAGCAUACCACUCACGUCACAAGUCGGAGCCUACCUCCACUCACAACUGGAAAGCCUACCACUCACAAGCAUACCACCACUCCACAAGUCGGAGCCUACCUCCACUCACAACUGGGAAGCCUACCACUCACAAGCAUACCACCACUCACAAGUCGGAGCCUACCUCCACUCACAACUGGAAGCCUACCACUCACAAGCAUACCACCACUCACAACUGGAAGCCUACCACCACUUACAAGCCUACCACUCACAAGCCUAACACCACUCACAAAUGGAAGCCUACCACUACGGGCAAGCCCACGAUUACUCGGCUUACAAUCAGUCUUCAUCCCACCACCACUCGCAAGACAAAUAUUACCAACCCCCGCCCGGUUAUGA